AUGCAAUUGCGUGUAUUAGCAUUCAUUUAUGCGAUUCUAAGCGUUGCUUUUGCGGUGCGGUUUGAAAUCCCCGCUUUCUCAAGCCCAGAGCCAGUGUGCAUCCGUGAUUUCGUUAGCGAGGGACAAUUGGUGGUGGUGGACAUCAAGACCGAUGGUACCGUUGGAGAUGGCCAGAAACUGAAUCUUGUCGUCAGAGACAGUGUUGGGCAUGAAUACCGCAGAAUGAAGGACAUUGCGGGCCCCGUCAAAGUUGCAUUUACCGCGUCUUCUUCCGCUGCGUUCGACGUGUGUUUGGAAAAUCAUUUGCAGAGCCGUGGGCGUGCGCUGGCCAGAAACGUGGAAGUGGACAUAGAGUCUGGCUCGCAAGCCCGUGACUGGAACAAGUUCCAGUCUUUGGAAAAACUGAAACCGGUGGAGGUUGAACUUCGUAGAAUCGAAGAGCUGACGGACGAGAUCGUGGACGAACUCACUUAUUUGAAGGCGAGAGAAGAGAGACUCAGAGACACCAACGAGUCCACCAACAGGAGGGUCAGAAACUUUUCUGUGCUCAUGAUUUGCGUGUUGGUUAGCUUGGGCGCAUGGCAAAUCAACUAUUUGCGCAACUACUUCAAGGCUAAGCAUAUUAUUUAG